AUGGCAUCUAGAUUUAAUAAUAAUAAUAAUAAUGAUGAACAAAAUAGUGGUGGUGAUGAUAAUAGUAUAGAGAUUGAUGGCGCAGAUAUACAAAUACCAAAGAAACCAGCCUUACCCUUAUAUAAAUUAUUCAACUAUGCCCGUGUUCAUAAGCCAUAUACCUACAAACAUUUGUUGUUUGCUCUGUGGUUGCCAGUCGGUGUUGGACUCUGGCCAAUCCGUGUAUUUUUGACCAUCCUUACCUACCUCUUAUUGCUCCUUGUACCAAAAUCAUUAUCCUUUUUACUAAAGCAUGUCUUGUUGGUUUUAAUGGGUUUCAGAAUUAAAUAUAAUGGAUUAGAAAAUCUUCCACGUGUUGGAGAUCCAAAAUCAGGUAGAGUGAUUGUUAUUAACCAUAUGAGUGAUUUCGAUCCAUACCCAGUGAUGACAAUCAUCCCUUAUUUCCACACACUUGUUGCUGCACAUAUCAGCAAGGUCCCAAUUGUUGGCAAAUUGUAUAAAAAGAUGGACACUAUUUUCGUUGACCCAGCCAACAAAGAAAAGGCCCGUACUGACGUCUUGGACGGCUUGAACAAGACCAAGAUGCCAUUGCUCAUCUACCCAGAGGGUGGUUUGACCAACGGCUCCAAGGGUAUCAUGAUGUUCAACAAGUUUGUCUUUGGACUCGGCCACGGUAUCAUCCCCGUCGCCAUGCGCAUGAACAACCCAUGGCCCGUCAACACUGACUAUCUCGGGUCGUCUUGGAUGAAGAACUUUGCAUUUUGGUUCCUCGUUCCAUUCCACCGUUUCGAAUUGACCUUUUUGUCACACAUGUUUAUUGCACAAAACGAGACUGAUGCCGAGUUUGCCAAACGUGUUCAAACACGUAUUGCCAACCAUCUCCAAAUCGAAGCUACUGACUACUCUUACUCUCAAAAGAAAGAGUUGGCCAAGGACCUUUCAUCUGGCAAGUUUGUUCCACCAAUCGAUGAUAUUGAAACUCAAGUAUCAAAUCAUUCUGAAAGAAGUGAUUAA